AUGAGUUUUAAAUACAUUAAAAUUAAUCUGUUUAUUUUUAUUGUAAUUUACCUCUUCUUAUUUGUUAUUGACUUACACCAGGUAUCUCUUCAUAUCUCAAUAUCAUUUCUGCAGACUAUUCCAAAGAAAAAUUCUUUUCCUAAAGGCUCAUUUAAUUAUUUGUUACCUCCAGGUACAAAAACGCCUUCUGAUAGCCGCAUACAACGAAGUUCUCUAUCAUACUCGGCAGGAAAUGAAAAAACAAACUCUUCCGUGCGUGGUCAAAGAAAUGCUGUUAAUAAUCAACCGAAUUAUGGUGGUACCUCUUCCCGUGCUCCUUCAUUUUCUCUCCCUCCACCAGACUAUGAUGAUGAUUCUCCCACCUCCCCGGCUAAUACAAGAAUGAAUAGAGAGCCUUCCUUCAAAGCUGUCCCUCCUCAAUUAUUAUUACCUGAGGCAGAUUACCAUGAUAGUGAUUUAGAGGAACAAUCUAGUGCUUCUUUUGAACCUAGAGAUAUAACUAGAAGAAGAAUUUCCAGAAGCAAAAACUUCAAUGCCUGUAAUUUAUUGGCAAAUCAAGCUAUUGCUGUGUCUAGAAGAUCAUCUUCAAGAUUUGGCUCACAAGAAAUGGCUUUUGAAGGAGAAAAAACCAAAAGAAAAAUUAAUAGUAUAUUAAGAGAAUCACUUUCUUAUGCAAGUCAACAGUUUUCUCAAGAAGUUUUAAGUACGGAGGUUCCGUAUGGACUUAUUGAGAAAUGUAGAGAGGAAUUCGCAGAAUCAUUAAAAUUGGUUAAACAUAUUAACUCAGAGAUCACAGAACUCAAAUUAAUUCAAGAAUAUCUCAGAAACUGUAAUUGUGGAACAAAUAACUGCGUAAAAUGUCAGGAUUAUUCAAAUGCAUAUACUGCUCAUAAAUCAAAAUUAGCUCAACUUAAAAACUUAUUGUCAUCCAAAAUGGAAUUUUUGUAUGAAGACUGUUUUUCAGGAACAUCAAAUAAGUACGAAUCUGAAUCUUAUGCCAGCAUUUUCAGUAGUUUAUAUACUACAUUAUACAAUGAAAUUACGAAAAAGAACAGAUAUCAUGUCAAAAACCUAUUACUUAAAUGCGAAAUAGUUGUGAUUACAGACAAAAUUCUUGAAAAGCAACGUAGUUGUAGAAAAUGUAAAAAGAAACAUGAAGUUUGUAAGAAACAUUCUGCUCUAUUGCAAAAAUUAAGGGAAAUAGAAUCUACUAAGAGCAAGAAUAAUUCAAUUAUUAAAUCAAGUAUUGAUAUAAUUAAUGGAAGAAUGAAUUCCUUGCCAACUAGACUUAUUAAUGAUCUCUUUGAAUUGGAAGAACAAGACGAGAAAUUCCUUACAUCUCAAAUUGUUGUUAAAGAAUGUAUGAAUAAAUUAAAGAUAACGUCGGUCAAUAUGUCAACUUUGGGUAAUAUAAACUCAAGUAGUACAAAAACUAAAAAGAGUUCCAAGAAGAAAUCUUCUAUUGGGAGAACUGCCACUAGAUCUAGCUCAUAUAGGCCAGGUUUUGUAGGAACUAUUCAAACUGGUACUGGAACUAAUUCUUCAAAAAGAACUCAAGGAGGAGCUACUGAAACAACUCUCAUAUCACCUGAAGGAUUUCCUAGCAAACCCUUAAAUUAUCCUUAUGGAGGAAUUUCAAGCACAAUAAAUCAGAAACCAAGCCAAAAAUCAAGUGUUAAAACAACUUCAAUUUCCAGAAGAACUUCUUCACAUAUCAGCAAGAAAACUCCUUUAAUUGUUUCCGGAAGAACUUCUUCGCGUAUUUCCAGAAAGACUUCUUUGAGUGGUUCAGAGAUGUUAGCUAGUUCUUCGAGCAAUAGGAAUGCUUACCAAGGUAGACAAACCCAAUAUUCACAUCCUCUAUCUAGACAUAUGAAAACAUCUCCUUCUGGUCCAUUUACGGGUACUGAAUCAGGAGCUGUUCGCAAACAGCCAAAGAAUGUUCCAGGAAUCCUAGGGAGUCCUUUCUUAGAUUCAGAAGAUAGUUCUAAAAAAAAAACAAAAAGAUACUAA